CCACAAAAGGAGGUUAAAUAUGCCAUUAGAUUAGUGCCAGGUGGUAAAAUCUGGAGAUACCAAAACCAAACGGUACGCGCUAAACAUGGAAAAUCAAUUUGGCAUGAAAAUUUUCUCGAUUUUAAAAAACAAAAACAAUUAAAAUCAAUCUUCAUCACCAAAUUUUCCUUGGAAAUUUCUUCCUCAUCUUCAUUUUGACUUUUUUUGGAUCGAUCGGUUCGUGGAUCGGUCGAUCUUUCAAUUUUGUUCUGCAAGCAUUUGACAUCAAGGACGGAUUUUUGCGAUAGUACUUUCGGGAUGGCGAGUAGUGGGUUUGGGGAAUCAACAAGCAGGCCACCCCAAAACCCUCAAUUUUCAAGCAAUAAUAAUAAUAAUGGUGAUGCUGGUAAUUUUGAAUGCAAUAUUUGCUUUGACUUAGCACAGGAUCCUAUUGUCACUUUGUGUGGCCAUCUUUACUGUUGGCCUUGCCUUUACAAAUGGUUGCAUUUUCACUCGCAAUCUAAGGAAUGUCCGGUUUGUAAAGCUUUAGUGCAAGAGGAGAAGUUGGUUCCUUUGUAUGGUAGGGGUAAAAUUUCAACUGACCCUAGAUCGAAGUCUAUUCCAGGUGUUAACAUUCCUAACCGUCCGGCUGGACAGAGGCCUGAAACUGCUCCUCCGCCGGAACCCAAUCAUUUUGGACAACAUGGGUUUGGAUUCAUGGGAGGGUUUGCCCCUAUGGCAACAGCUAGGCUUGGCAAUUUUACGCUUUCUGCAGCUUUUGGUGGUCUCAUCCCUUCACUUUUUAACCUUCAAGUGCAUGGAUUUCCCGAUGCUGCCAUGUACGGUGCAGCUGCUAGCUUUCCUUAUGGUUUUUCUAAUUCGUUUCACGGUGGCCAUGCACAUGGGUUUCAUCAACACCAAGGGCAAGGACAGCAAGAUUAUUAUCUAAAGAGGCUGCUUUUCUUUAUUGGUUUUUGUGUUCUUCUUGCUCUCCUAUGGCAAUAGAUUAAGUCUGUUAUGGUAUCUAGUAAUGGAUAUGUAGGGCUUCCCAGUUUAAUAUCUUUUGUAAAUCAUUUAGUACAUUUAUUCUGGUUCGAUACUCUGUAAAGUGUUCGUGAUACUCCUUUAGCUUCUCUAACUUUUCACUAGCUAUGUGGAAUGUUAUUUGUAUGCUUUUUCUUGUAUUACAAGUUAUUUGGGCUGUUCAUGCUUGGACA